GGUUAAGGCGUCCAAGUGUGCGCGCAGGUGUGUCUCGCCCCUGCCGAGCGCGGAGCAGCCUGCAAAACGUGCCGAAUUAACUUGAUCCUAACUUUAAGUCAGUCGGCUCUCGGAGCACCAGUGGGAAAGAGGCACACAGCACAGCACAGCACAGCACAGCACCUGAUGCGGUUAGAUCUUGGGGUGCUUUGCACGCAGCAGCGCUAAUCUCUCUGCAUGCGAUAUAAAACGUAUAUAGUGAGGGAGGGUGAGGGAGCGACUCAGUCCAUAGCCUCCGUUUUGCACUAGUGGACAGUUAAUUAGGUUCCAUACACCACCAAGGACUUUAUUAUUUCACUUUUCCUCCCGUGGGAUUUAUUCUUGGUCUCUCCGAAAAGUUUAAUCUGCCGCGCUGUUACGCACGCUAUGUGGUGGAUGCUGUUCCCCCGAUGGAUUUGGUUUCCUCUGGGACAUUUGUACGCUUUUCUGCUCUCUCUGGAUGGUGUGGGGCCGAUGCCGAUGUCCGUGGCCAAAGUGGUGUACUCUCACGCCGGUCUGUGCCCCAAUGAGCUCAACCCCAACCUGUGGGUGGAUGCCAUGAGCACCUGCAGCCGCGAGUGUGAAUCUGACCAGGAUUGCGAGACGUUUGAGAAGUGCUGCCUCAAUGUGUGUGGAAACAAGAGUUGCGUGGCGGCGCGCUACAUCGACAUCAAGGGCAACAAGGGGCCCAUCGGGAUGCCCAAAGUGGCCACCUGCGACAAGUUCAUGUGCUCCCAGCAAGGCUCCGAGUGCGACAUCUGGGACGGGCAGCCCGUUUGUAAGUGCCGGGACCGCUGCGAGCGAGAGCCCCACUUCACGUGCGCGUCUGACGGCAUGACUUACUAUAACAAGUGUUACAUGGACGCGGAGGCGUGCUCCAAGGGGGUGUCUAUCUCUGAGGUCACCUGCAGGUAUCACCUGACAUGGCCGAACACCAGUCCAAUGCCACCCGAAACAACUCUCCAUCCAACCACGGCUCUUCAGACCACCCAACCAGCUGACGUACAGAACCCCACCAUCCACAGCAGCCCCACCCAGCGGUCCGUUUUCGUGGGCGAGACAGCGAGCUUCCUGUGCGAGGUCACCGGCAAGCCGCCGCCGGAGAUCACCUGGGAGAAACAACUGAAGGGCAAAGACAACAUCGUCAUGCGGCCGAACCACGUCCGGGGGAACGUCGUGGUCACCAACAUUGGCCAGCUCGUCAUUUACAACACGCAGCUUCAAGACGCUGGAAUCUAUACGUGCACGGCCAAAAACGUGGGAGGAAGCGCGUCUUCUCACUUCCCGUUGGCGGUAAUCAAGAGAGAGGCUGAGGGGAAGGAAGCCGAAGGGAAUAACACUAACCUGCCCUUCCCGCCUGCAGAGUGCUUGAAACGUCCAGACACCGACAACUGUGGAGAAGAAAGCAUAAGCUGGUACUACGAAUCCAGCAGGAACAACUGCUUCACCUUCACUUACAGUCAGUGCAAUAAGAACCGGAACCAUUUCGAUAGCUAUGACACCUGCAUGCUGUCAUGCGGGGGGGAGGUGGCGGCUCCUUGUAGCCUGCCCAGCCUUCAGGGGCCAUGCAAAACCUACGAACAUCGCUGGGCCUACAGCAACGCCCUCAAGAAGUGCCAGUCUUUUGUCUACGGAGGCUGCGGCGGUAACGAGAACAACUUUGAGUCCAAAGAAGCCUGCGAAGGGAUGUGCCCCUUUCCCAAGAACCACAAUUGCAAAGCGUGCAAGCCUCGAGGCAAGAUGGUGGCCAGCUUCUGCAGGAGCGACUUUGUCAUCCUGGCACGGGUCACCGAGCUGACGGAGGAGCAGGACUCGGGCCACGCUCUGAUGACGGUGGAGGAGAUCCUGAAGGACGAGAAGAUGGGUCUCAAGUUCUUCGGUAAAGAACCGCUGGAGGUGACUCUCCUGAAUAUGGACUGGAACUGCCCCUGCCCGAACAUCACCGCCGCCGACAGUCAGCUCAUCGUCAUGGGGGAGGUUCACAACGGGAUGGCCGUCCUGCAGCCGGACAGCUUUGUAGGCCCGUCCAGCGCCCGCAAGGUCCGGAAGCUUCGCGAGAUUUCCCACAAGAGAAGCUGCGGUGUGUUUGAGUUGCCUGGCACCCAGUCGGGACUCACCGGUACCGGUCUUGCAGAGACUAGUUAUAAAAAUUGA